GCUAGCAGCUCCUGGAUUAAUUGCGCCUCCUGCUUCCGUCCCCCACCCCACCUACAACAUUCCUCGUCGAUUCAGGAAGUGCUCGAUCAUCGCCGUGGCCAUGGCCGUCCUCGUCUGCGUCACCGGCGCCGGCGGCUUCAUCGGAUCCUGGAUCGUCAAGCUCCUCCUCGCCCGCGGCUACGCCGUCCGGGGCACCUCCCGCCGAGCCGAUGACCCCAAGAACGCGCACCUGUGGGCGCUCGACGGCGCGGCGGAGCGCCUCACCAUGGUGCGGGUGGACCUGCUCGACCGGGACACCCUCCGCGCCGCCUUCCACGGCUGCGACGGCGUCAUCCACACCGCCUCCCCGAUGCACGACACCCCCGAGGAGAUCAUCGACCCCGUCAUCACCGGCACGCGCAACGUCGUGGAGGUGGCCGCCGACGCCGGCGUCCGCCGCGUCGUGCUCUCCUCCAGCAUCGGCACCAUGUACAUGAACCCCAACCGCGACACCGACGCGCCCCUCGACGACUCCAGCUGGAGCGACCUCGAAUUCUGCAAGAGAACCAAGAACUGGUACUGCUACGCCAAGACGAUCGCGGAGCAGGGCGCGUGGGAGCUGGCGCGGGCGCGGGGGCUGGACCUGGCGGUGGUCAUCCCGGUGGUCACGCUCGGCGAGCUGCUGCAGCCCAGCAUGAACACCAGCACCUUGCACAUACUCAAGUACCUCACCGGCGGGGCCAGGACGUACGUCAACGAGUCGCAGGCCUACGUGCACGUCAGGGACGCCGCAGAGGCGCACAUCAGGGUGCUCCUCGCGCCCAACGCCGGCGGAAGGAGAUAUGUCUGCGCCGAGAGGACUCUGCACCGCGGCGAGCUCUGCCGGAUCCUCGCCGGCCUCUUCCCGGAGUACCCGAUUCCCACAAGAUGCAAAGAUGAGGUGAAUCCACCAAAGAAGGGUUACAAGUUCACAAACCAGCCUCUCAAGGACCUUGGCAUGAAGUUCACACCUGUACAUGAAUACCUCCAUGAAGCAGUGAGAUCCCUUCAAGAUAAGGGGUUCAUUCGGAAGCCUUCUGACACCAAGGUGCUUCCUAGUAGGAGUGCGCCGCCUCAAAACUCAAUAGUGCCCAUGUUCAUGUCAAAACUUUGACAUGUUUCUGGACAAAGUAACAGUGCUGUUCGCCGUCUCCAGCAUGGCAGUUCAAUUCAUUCAGUUGUAUUUUAGUAGCCUGUUCUUGUGUGUGUGGGGCGAACUCCCAACUGUGUAGCGGUACAGGAUAGAGGGCAACAUAUUUCAGUGAGAUAUGAUGCCAAAUAUUUUCCCUGGUCGAUCCCUCCACAUCUGAUUGUUGUUCUUGUCUGACCCAGUGGGGGCAAAUGAAAUCCAACUGCUUGGCAGCAA